GCGUGACGUCAGGACGCCGCGGCGAGACCGUCGCAGCCCUGGGAAGACCGGAGCCCCCAGGUCGCGAGCAGUCCCGCCGCCUUGGACCUCCAGCCUUGGGCCGCUGCUGACGAGUCCCGGGGGCGAGCGGCCGAGUGAGGAAGCAUUCUGGCUCCCGAGGUCCACCCCUUACACCCCAAGGUCCAGAUGGCGGCCAAUGUGGGUGAUCAACGGAGCACGGAUUGGCCCUCUCAGUACAGCAUGGUGGCAGGGGCAGGAAGAGAGAAUGGCCUGGAGACGCCCAUGCAUGAGAACCCGGAGUGGGAGAAGGCCCGCCAGGCCCUGGCCAGCAUCAGCAAGGCAGGUGCUGCUGGCAGCUCCACCAAGGCCAGCAGCAAUGGGCCUGUGGCCAGCGCUCAGUACGUGUCCCAGGCAGAAGCCUCAGCUUUGCAGCAGCAACAGUACUACCAAUGGUACCAGCAGUACAGCUACGCCUACCCCUACAGCUACUACUACCCCAUGAGCAUGUACCAGAGUUACGGGUCACCUUCCCAGUAUGGGAUGGCCAGUUCCUAUGGGUCAGCCUCCCCACAACAGCCGUCGGCGCCCCAGCACCAAGGAACUCUGAACCAGCCCCCAGUUCCCGGCAUGGAUGAAGGGAUGACUUACCAGGCACCCCCUCAGCAGCUGCCGGCAGCCCAGCCCCCUCAGCCUUCCAACACCCCACAUGGGGCCCGGGCACUGAGCAGCGGACCCCAGCCUGGCACGGCGCCCACCUCGCAGCACAGCCAGGCCGGCCCGGCUGCGGGCCCUGCGUUUGGGCCACCACACUCCUACCCUGAGCCCACCAAGCCCAAGAAAGGCCAGCAGCUGUGGAACCGCAUGAAGCCUGCCCCUGGCACUGGUGGACUCAAGUUCAACAUUCAGAAACGGCCGUAUGCUGUCACCAACCAGAACUUCGGCUCCCCUGCAGAUGGCCAGCACAGCACUUUUGGCCCCCAGCCAAACCCCGAGAAGGCCCAGAGCCACAGGGGGACUCUCUCGGGGAAGCCGGACGAUUGGCCGCAGGACAUGAAGGAGUACGUGGAGCGCUGCUUCACGGCCUGCGAGUCGGAGGAAGACAAGGACCGGACGGAGAAGCUGCUGAAGGAGCUGCUGCAGGCGCGGCUGCAGGACGGCUCAGCCUACACCAUUGACUGGAGCCGCGAGCCUCUGCCGGGGCUGACUCGGGAGCCUGUGGCCGAGAGCCCCAAGAAGAAGCGGUGGGAGGCCCCUAGCAGCCUUCACCCUCCCAGGGGGGCAGGCUCUACGCCACGGGGCGGGGGUGCCCAGUCCCAGCGCGGGACUCCAGGGGCUGGGGGUGCUGGCCGAGCCCGGGGCAGCAGCUUCGCCAAGUUUGGCAACCGCAAUGUCUUCAUGAAGGACAACAGCUCCUCCUCCAGCACGGACUCCCGCUCCCGCUCCUCCUCCCGCUCCCCGACCCGCCACUUCCGCCGAAGUGACUCCCACUCGGACUCCGACACCUCCGACUCGGGGACCGAAUGUCGUCCUGUGGGUCGCAGGAACCCGCCCCCCAAGGGCCGGGGGGGCCGGGGAGCCCACAUGGAUCGGGGCAGAGGCCGGGCGCAGCGUGGGAAGAGGCACGAUCUUGCCGCCAGCAAGCGCAGCCGCCGGAAGCUGGCCCUGGCGGAGUGCGAGGACCCCGAGCGUGAGCUGAAGAAGCAGAGGCGCGCCGCCCGCUUCCAGCAUGCGCACUCCCGCCGCCUGCGCCUUGAGCCCCUGGUGCUGCACGUGAGUGGCCUGGACGGCGGCGCCGACCCCGACUGGCAGGAGCUGCAGAUCGUGGGCACCUGCCCUGACAUCACCAAGCACUACCUGCGUCUCACCUGUGCCCCUGACCCGUCUACUGUGCGGCCUGUGGCGGUUCUGAAGAAAUCGCUGUGCAUGGUGAAGACCCACUGGAAGGAGAAGCAGGACUACGCCUUUGCCUGCGAGCAGAUGAAGUCCAUCCGGCAGGACCUGACGGUACAAGGCAUCCGGACUGAGUUCACGGUAGAGGUGUACGAGACUCACGCACGCAUCGCCCUGGAAAAGGGGGACCAUGAAGAGUUUAAUCAGUGUCAGACACAGCUCAAGUCUCUGUAUGCAGAGAACCUGCCAGGCAACGUGGGCGAGUUCACUGCCUACCGGAUCCUGUACUACAUCUUUACCAAGAACUCAGGAGAUAUCACCACGGAGCUGGCCUACCUGACGCGGGCCCUGAAGGCGGACCCAUGUGUGGCCCACGCCUUGGCACUGAGGGCUGCGUGGGCUCUGGGCAACUAUCACCGCUUCUUCCGGCUCUACCAGCACGCACCCUGCAUGUCCGGCUACCUCGUAGACAAGUUUGCGGACCGAGAGCGCAAGGCCGCUCUCAAGGCCAUGAUCAAAACCUUCCGCCCUGCGCUGCCCGUCUCCUACCUGCAGGCCGAGCUGGCCUUCGAGGGCGAGGCUGCCUGCCGGGCCUUCCUAGAGCCCCUGGGCCUGGCCUACACGGGCCCCGACAGCACCAGCAUCGACUGCCGCCUCAGCCUGGCACAGCUGCCCGCCUUUUGAGUGCUGCCUCAGCCUGGCACAGCUGCCCGCCUCUGAGUGCCGACUCAGCCUGGCACAGCUGCCCGCCUCGGCCUGGCACAGCUGCCUGCCUUCUGAGUGCCGCCUCAGCCUGGCACAGCUGCCCGCCUCAGUGCCACUCGGCCUGGCACAGCUGCCCGCCUCCUGAGUGCUGCCUCCACACCGCCCACGCGGAUCAUUUUGUUUUUGAGCCAUGGACUUGGGGUGUAAAUUAGUUUGUGGGGAACGGGCUCCAGGAUGAGCCGCCAUCCCUGUCCCCUGUUCCCUCCCGUGGGGAUUCUGUACAGAUUUUUUCUACGUUUUUAUUUUGCCUCACAGGGAUGGGGUGGGAGGAGGGGCAGUGGGGGGCUGGGCACCGUGUGUCCAUCGGCUGUCUGUCCACCUGGCACCUCCACUAAUGCUCUCUCAGUAUUUUCUCUCUCUCUCUCUCGAGCUUGUACUCCGGCUCCCGCCUGGCACGCUGGCCUGUCCCAAGCUGGGGGGCCAGCGAAGAGGACGGCCACCUGCCCGCCACGGGGAACACCAGUGCCCCGCCGCUGCCGCCACCAUCAGCCUCCCCACAGACUCUUGUUGCCCUCUGGGGCCGCCCCAGGCGGGUGAGGGGAGCCGCUUAGAGACUGUGCCCUGCCUUCGGCCCCCUACCCCAGAAG